AUGUCUUCGAAAAUCUUUCUUAACCUCCUUGUGAUGUGCAUCACGCUGUCUGUUUUCAUGAAACUGUGCUCAGCUAAGCUCGGGCCCGGAAACUACGACUGUGUCCAGGCAUACACUACGGGGCACACGGCCGCUUGUACUGAUGGCGACGGCCAUCAGCACAAUUGUCCAGGUGAUUUCUGCCGAUAUCUAGACCAUAUUUGGCUCCCGAUGAGCAACUGUGUACCUUACCCGGCGACUGGCGAUGGCUUUUCCAAACAACAAUGUGAACAUUACACAUACAACGAUCCUAACACUUUUUUAUGUACCAUUCACAACAAUCAAGACUACAAGUGCCUGCGUAAGCUCAAUGACAAGCCAGUCAUGCACUGUGACAAUUGCUCCACGUAA